GGCUGCCUUGUCUCAGAGCUUUAAAUAUUAAUGCUUUUGAUUUCCUCUUAGCGGCUGGCGACAGCAGGGCAGCGCAGGGGCUGAAGCGAGUCGGCUGGGGUGGAGGGCAGCCGUGCUGGACCCGGCGGUGGGGCAGAGGGGGCUGGAUCCGGCCUCAGCUGAAGACGAUGGGAUUUGUUGCCGGCUCGGUGCAGGAGCAACAUGGGGCUGUAGGGCUUGAGUACCUCCAGGCUGGGGGCCAAGUGUGCUGAGCCCCCCCUCCCUGUGCCAGCAGCUCCCUGGGGCGUCGCCGCAGCCCCAUUUUCCUCUCCGCCGUGGUGGGAGCGUGGGGUCGCUCUCCGUCUGGCCGGAUCCGUGCAUCCUUGCUGACGCCAAUCGUGAUCGAUCAGCUGCAACGGCACAGAGCCGGGCAGCCCCUGGACCUGCUGCCUGGUGUCCUGGGGCCGGCUCUCCCUGCCAGCCAUGCCAGGCUGGCGUGGACCUGGUGCAGAGCUCGCCCGAGGCUUCUGCUUGGGGGUGGCUUCCCAGUGGCUGCAGGCGCUUGGACUCUCCAUGGGGCCCCCAUGAGACCCGGCUGGCUGCCUCCACCCUGCUGCCAGACGGGACGGGACGGCCCUGGCCCUUCUCGCCUCUCUCCAGCAUGGAUCUCUUGCAGAAGAGCAAAUACAGCCACCUGCGGAACGAGUCCGUCUCCUCUCUGGAGGAGGCUGUGGGGGGCGUGGGGGUCCCAGCCUCCCCAGUGGAGUCCCUCACAGGCAUGCGGUCUCUGCCUGGCUCCCUGUCCUCCUCUUCCCUCGGCCCCACGGCACCUCUUGGAGAGCUCUCACCUGAGUCAGAGGACAGCCCCACCACCCUCUGCUCCUUCUUCCCCAAAAUGGCCAACCUGAAGCUCUCGAACCCCGCCAACCUGCUCAGCCUGCGGGGCUCCUCUGCUGGCAGCAGCCCGGGGGAGCCCAGCCCUGCAGAGAUGCUGGAACCAGCACCGGGGGGGGCUGCCGGCCCCGACUCAGCGGGACCUGUCGCUGUCUGUUCCCAGGAUAUGAACAAGCUGAGCUGCGGGAAGAAGACGCGGGUGGAAGGCGGCCAGCUGGGGGGUGAUGAAUGGACCCGCCACGGCAGCUUCGUCAAUAAGCCCACCCGUGGCUGGCUGCACCCGGAUGACAAGGUCAUGGGCCCUGGGGUCUCCUACCACGUCCGGUACAUGGGCUGCGUGGAAGUCCUCCAGUCCAUGAGGGCUUUGGAUUUCAACACCAGGACGCAGGUCACCAGGGAGGCCAUCGGGCUGGUGUGUGAGGCUGUGCCCGGUGCCAAGGGAGCUGUGCGGAGGAGGAAGCCCUGCGGCCGCUCCCUGAACUCCAUCCUGGGCAAGAGCAACCUGAAGUUUGCCGGCAUGCCCAUCACCCUGACCAUCUCCACCAGCAGCCUCAACCUCAUGGCUUCUGACUGCAAGCAGAUCAUUGCCAACCACCACAUGCAGUCUAUCUCUUUUGCUUCUGGGGGAGACCCGGACACAGCAGAGUACGUCGCCUAUGUUGCCAAAGAUCCCGUCAAUCAGAGAGCCUGCCAUAUCCUGGAGUGCCCCGAGGGCUUGGCGCAGGAUGUAAUCAGCACCAUUGGGCAGGCCUUUGAGCUGCGGUUCAAGCAGUACCUGAAGAACCCCCCGAAGCUGGUGACACCGCACGACAGGAUGGCGGGGUUUGAUGGCUCUGCCUGGGAUGAGGAAGAGGAGGAACCAGCCCCGGAUCACCAGUACUACAAUGACUUCCCUGGCAAGGAGCCUCCCAUUGGGGGGGUUGUGGACAUGCGGCUGCGGGAUGGGGCUGCUCAGACCCCCAAUCACCUGGGGGCCACGCUGCCUGUCGGCCAGUCGUCUGGUGGGGAGUAUGACCCCCGGAAGCAGCACACUCCUGCCCAAGCAGGGAGAGAGAAAUACCCGGCUCCGGUGGGUGCAUCCGGCCGCACAGACCUGUUUGAUGACCCAUCUUAUGUCAACGUGCAGAACAUGGACAAGACACGCCAAGCAUCGGCCGCUGGCACCCCCGCAACGGCCAACGGCAGCACCCAGAGAGACCUCUUCGAUAUGAAGCCCUUUGAAGAUGCCCUGCGUGUCCCCCCGUCUGUGCCCAUGGGGCUACCCCCUGCCCAGGUGCUGGCCUCCAUGGAGGAGCAGCUGAGACGGGAGCCCUGGUACCAUGGGAAGAUGAACCGCAAGGAGGCCGAGAAGCUGCUGAAGGUGAAUGGAGACUUCCUGGUGCGAGAAAGUACCACCACCCCGGGCCAAUACGUGCUGACCGGCUUGCAGGGUGGGCAGCCCAAGCAUCUGCUACUCGUCGAUCCCGAGGGAGUGGUGCGGACGAAAGACCACCGCUUCGAGAGUGUCAGUCACCUCAUCAGCUACCACAUGGACAAUCACCUACCCAUCAUCUCAGCUGGCAGCGAGAUGUGCCUGCAGCAGCCUGUGGAGAGGAGACUCUGAGUGCUUGGGGGGCCCUGGUGCACAGCCCCCCAGCCCUGCUCCCUGCCCCUGGGAGCCCUUGGACUCUGCCUGGGACUGAGCGUGGACUUGGCCAGGGACGGGGCCUGUCCCCGUCUGCCACGUGGAGCUGGUGGCCGUGGUGGCCACGGGCAGCAUGGUGUGAGCUGCCUGCAGCGUGGGGGGCUGUUCUUGCCAAAGCCCCUGCCUCCUCCCCCCAGCUCCAGCCUUUGCACAGCAGCUCAGCUCCUACCA